AUGUCCCGCCAGCGUUGGCAGCAGCUAGAUCGGUACCUGUACUGUACUGAGGUGGAGCAGAGCUUUUGCUCCCCAUUUGGCCGCGUCUGGGAUCUCUCUCAGCUGCUCUGCGAGCGCUCGCUUUUGUAUUGGACGCCCGGCAAGCACCUCUGCGUCGACGAGGCGAUUGCGAGAUUUACUGGACGCGCGUCAGAAAAAGUAAUAAUCAAAACAAAGCCCACACCUGAGGGCUACAAGAUCUAG